AUGGAAGGAGAGGAAGUGAGCAACAAACAGAUAAUUCUGAAGGACUACGUGAUUGGAUUUCCCAAAGAGUCAGACAUGAUUCUCAAGACGAGUACUAUCAAAUUGAAGGUUUCAGAAGGUUCGAAUGCUGUUCUGUUGAAGAAUCUCUACCUUUCCUGUGAUCCCUACAUGCGAUCUCGCAUGAGGAAGAUGGAAGGGAGCUACGUCGAGUCCUUCUAUCCUGGUUGGCCUAUAACUGGAUAUGGAGUGGCCAAAGUUGUGGAUUCUGGGCUUCCAAACUUCAAAAAAAGGUGCCUUGGCUUGGGGAAUGACUGGAUGGGAAGAGUACAGUCUCAUUUCAAAUCCAGCGCUGAGCUCAGUUCCACAGCAUUGGAGCUGUGCUCAAGCUUGCCUGGAACUUACUGUUUAUAA